AUGUUAGCAACAACAGCACCAAACUCGUUAGUCAUGAAUCCAACAUCUAUGUUAGUAGAGAUGAAAAGCUUUAUUCCUUCUUCAUAUACUUUCGAAACAGAAAUCCAGAAGAUAAAGCAAGAACUUUUAACAAGUAAUUUAGACUGUAGUGCGAAAGAUGAAACAAAUGAACAGUAUCUUUAUGAAAUGCAGGACCUCAUCGACCAUUUGCCUAAACUACCUGAAAUUCAGCAGCAAAAACUCACUAUUCCUGAAUUCGACGAAAUUGAAGUGAAACCAACUGACUCAGUAGAAAUAAAGAAGUUCAUACGAAAGGUAAAUUAUGAAUUCCUUGGUUUUCAUUGCGACAUGGUUUAUAAAAAUAUUUCUGACAUAUAUAAAUCUGGGGAGUUUAAGACAUACGACAACUUUGUUUCAUUAGUUGCAGAAUGUGUAUGGCAGAUAAGAGAUAAAGAUAGAAGAGGUAAGGUAUGGCAUGAACAGAUAAAACCAACUGCUUCAGAUUUAAAGAAAACCAUUGACGCUUUAGUUGUUUUAGCAGGUAAGGUUUCAAUGUAUAACGCAAAAAUGAACCCGCAAUGUUCUAAAUGUAAAGCAGCAAUUAGGAAAUAUAACUACUCCGUCAAAGAGAUAGAAAGAAUGAGAAACGACUAUGCAGACUUAAAGAAAGAAGUAGAGAAGCCGGUUGAAAAUAAAAUGGACAUGUCAGAAUUUCUGAAUAAAAACUAUCCAACUGCUGACGAUUUCCUUCUAUCUGACGUCAAGAAGAAGUAUAAAGAAACUUUCGGCAUUGUUAAAACAUUCGAUGUACUAAAAGAAGAAAUAAAAGCUACAAAACUGUUUAAAGUCUCACGAAUUCAUAACGUUUACCAUGUAAAACGCUUAUAA